CGGGGCAAGUGAGAAAUAUCAGUGAAACGUAGUUCUAAUCAUCGCGUGUGUCAGUGCUAAGUAGGAUGCCUUAAAGGCAAUAACUUGCGAAGCAGCAAGUUAAACCAUCAAAGGGUUAACUAUUUAGGGUGAGGUUGGUGAAUACCGACCAAGGGAGAACAACAACCGGAAACUCGGGUACAACAACUAUUUCAAAUUGCGCGCCUAAGCUUGCCACCAACACGUCAUUCAUCUCGGUGAAGACCAUGUUAGCAACAGGGCUACAAUCAAGACGAAAUCUUAAAAUUUGGAACAGCUGAAUGUAGAGUAGUCCAAAUCCCGCAUAUUGUCACAGCUUCUAGUCCCUUAGGUGAUCAGCUGAAAUGUCUUUCCUUGCCAGGCCUCUAAUCCACCAAUGGAGUGUGGGAUCUGCCAUGAAAUUCUGGACGAGGAAGAGCGUUGUCCUCUCCUGCUUCCUUGUUACCACUCUGUCUGUGCAACCUGCAUCGGGAUGCUCAUAGAUAAAGGCUCAAAACUCUGUCCCUUCUGUCGCGAGGCUUUCGAUGGUACAUCUACAAAGUGCUUUAGCCCUAAUUUCGCCUUGCUUGAUAUGGUGAAAUAUGUGAACAGAUUAGAAGAGGUCAAUGUACGACCUUUGCCUAAAAUGAGGAAGAGACGAGCUUUUGAGGAAUGGUUCAAUGGUAUUGAAAAUGACAUUGACAAAAUUUGUAGUGAAAACAAAGUAACUUGUUGCGAUAUUGAAAACUUAAUGGAAAGAAAUUCAAAACUAGAAAAAGUACUAAUAGUCUCCAAUAAACAGAUAGAUAACGAAAUUACAAGAGACUUGAUGGAAACCAAGAAAACUAAUGAAAAGUUGCUCACAUACAUCCAAGAAGUGAAUGAGGCCCUGAAGAAUAUCCUUUCUGUGGCUAAAGGAAGACAGCUUGACCUGGAAGAGAUGCAAAGCAACUUGAAGCCAACUGAGGAUUUCAUCUCGGCUUCACAGUUAUUGGACGAAGCGGAGAAAAGCAGUCACAAACAGAAGGAGGAACUGAUGAAAGAAAAGGUGUUAGUCAAUGGAUAUAAGAACCACACCAAUAUAAUAGCCAAGGUGGCUGAGAGACAUAAGAGCAACUUGACUGUUAUAAGUGGAGCCCUGUCAUCAUGCAUAGCGAUUGAAGAAGAAGAGGUGGAAUUUCAGAAAAGUCUGAAUAAAAAAAUUUUAACGUUACAAUGGACCAACAGGAGCGUGCGAUAUAUGUUAGAAGAAAAGUUCCAGAAUUUUGUCAGUGCAGUUCAGAGGGCAGUCAUCACGGUGGGCAACAGCAGAAUUUUGAGGUCUUUGUUUGAGGAGAAGUUGCCAAUGUUGGGUGCUACAGUUAACGAUGCUGUCAUUUCUCCAGUGAUGAAUAUCAACAAAGUGACGCUUUUGCAUGAGGUAAAGCAGCAGGUGUUAGAUAAAGCAAUGCAUUUAAUAAGGAAUUACCAGGCAUGGACAAGGGUGAGGGCGAAUACACAAAGAGGAGAAUAAAUCUGAAGCAAUUCAAAGCAUAGAAGAUUAGAGAGAUGUAAUGUAGGAAAACAAGAGAGAGCCUAUCGAACCUUUUGAUGUUCUGAAAGUAACUUUUAGAAUUGCUGUUCACAAGUACUCAAAUAUCAUGUAGAACUAAAUCAGGCCCUUUGCCUUUGAUAUUCAAUUCCGGUAAAGUUUGCAGAAAGAAAUUAUCUCGUCUGUGCCACAUGUGAAUGUAAGGUAAUCUGAAAGUUCCUUUGUCUGUGGUGAGAGAUUGAGUCUUAUAGCAGUCAUUCUUACCCUUUGUUAUUUGGAAUCCUGGACUCUAUCAUGUUCAUUUAUCUUUGAAACUGCUUGGGCGAUUUUGUUAUUUUAAUAUAAAAGAAUGAAUAAUUCCUAUUCUAAAUUUUCUGGGUAUGAGGAGAUGUGUGUGACAAAAUUUGGUCAAUAAAGUACUUUCAAUAUUUGAUCUUGGAUGGUCACCUUGUUAUUUUGUACAAUCAUUCUAGCUAGCUAAGUAUGAGAGUUGGGAAGCAGUGAACUUGGUGUUGUUAUCCUAUUUUUGUGUCCAUAAUAAUACCAGCCAUGAAUUAAUAAGAUAUAAAGAUUGAAUAUAAUUUGUAAUACAGAUUUUCUUUAUUUCUGUUUAAAGAAUGUGGUUAACAGGAAGUCGUAAUGUUUUGCCUUCAUUUAUAUUGAAGAAUGAAUGAGUAAUGACUGAAUAUCAUCACCAGUAUCAUAUAAGAGUGUUUAAGUGAAACUGAAGAACAUUAAAAAGUUUCUUCAGUAACACACUGCAACAUCGUGUGUCACUGUUACUUCUGUCUUUUGUAUGUUUCUCGGUGCUAAAAAGUUGUGAUGCAUUUUCUGAUUUUGUGAAAAUACAACACCUGCUAUUUUAACGUAAAGUAACAAAAGAUGGUAGAGCUUGAAAUGACAUCCUUCAUAGUUUCAGAGACUCUGGGAGCCGGUGAAAGUACAAGGACCUUUGCUCAAGGGUUGUUUGGACAGGUUCAAAAGUGUCAUGGGAAGUUCUGUAAUAUGAUACUGAAAGUUUAUAGUCCAGAACUGAUAGUAAAACGAAUCCUGAACAGUCAUCUGUAUAAAGGGCAACUGGUUUUCCUGACUUUAGUUUCAUGUAUUGAAGUAGCUGUCACUCCUUAUUUCAUAUAAGUGGGUUUUUGUAAGAUUUUAGCGAACUCAUUUAUUUUGGUUUGCAUGAUAUAUUUAAUUAUGUACAUGUGUUUUUACUUCAUAAAGAGCUGUUGUCCUACCAUAUAAUCACAGAAUAUUUUAACAUUAGGUACUACUGAACAUAUUACUAUAUACUUUACAGAUGUAAUUUUAAUAUUUUCAUAACAGACUAACAGAGUCCUAUUUUACAGAAUUCGUCAGCAAUAGUAAGAAAUACUACAUACCCUGUAGUACAUAGUACAUAGAAAAGGUACAUUGCAAUACGCUACUACUAUACAGUAACAUGGAAUGGAGGUAUGUACAUAUUGUAGAAGACACCAAAAGGAUUAAAGGUAAGGCUUUCAUUAUUUUACAUUACAGUAGAUUGUACCAAAGUUCUACUGAAGUAAAUUCUAAACAUAAAAUAUAGUUUUAAUUACGGCGUUUCAGUGGCGAAACUUCGGCACCGAUAACCAGUUGUUGGCGCUAUGAGCAUUUUUGGUGUCUGUGGAUUUUACUUUCAGUUAAUGACUAUUUUCAGUUAUCAUAACCCCAGCGCGCGCACACACACAGUAAUGGGCUGACCUUGGGGCUCAAGUAUACAUGAUGAAGGGAGUAAUGGUGAAAGGCAUCCCCAUCCUGAAACUGUUUGUUGUAAAUGAGGCGUCUCCCCGACACCUCUUAAGUCUUAGUUUCAAGGGUAAAAAAAAUAACUGGUUACCGGUGCCGAAGUUUUGCCACUGAAACGCCGUUUCAGCUCCGUAAUUAAAACUAUGUUUAUGUUUAGAAUUUACUUCAGUAGUACUUCGGUACAAUAUCCUGUAUUAUAAAAUGAUGAAGGCCUUUCCUUUAAUCCUUUAUUGUCUUCUACAAUAUGUACAAUACAUACCUCCAUUUCAUGUUACUGUAUAGUAGUUGCGUACCGUAAUCCACCUUUUUUUUGUAGUGCGUACUACGGGGUAUGUAGUAUUGCUUACUGUUGCUGACAAAUUCUGUAAAGUAGGAUCGAACUGUGUUAGUCUGUAAGGAAAAUAUUAGAAUUACAACUAUAAAGUAGUAUAUAGUUGUAUGUUCAUUAGUAUUAAAGUAGAGUAUAUAUUGCAGUACAUAAUGUAACUGCGCUUCUGCAUAGCAGAAGUACAUUUUGUUAUAUAUACUACUACCAUGUAGUAUAUGUAGUACACUACUUACUAUACAAAGUGAAAAAAACGUGAGUACUAUUUUCUUGUUUUGGCAGGCUACCCUACACAAGAGUGUAGCCUACUAGUAUACUCUACUGUCCUGUAUGCAGCUAUAAAUGAAACUAUUUUAUAAAACAAUAUGUACUAUACUAAUAGUAAAACGUAUAUAAAUUUGAAAAGUGAAGAAUUUCUUACUUAAUAUCAGUGAAUUCCUGUUGAAUAGGUUGUGGGAGAUAGAGAUGUGCAUUACGUGGUACAUUAUGUAACAUUUAUACAUAUAUUAAUAUAGUACUGUAGUUGUUGAUGAAUUCUGUACAGUAGGUUCAUUUUAGUCUUUCGUAAAAAAAAUUGGAUUUAGUACUGUGUAGUUAAGUAUUGUAUAUGUACACAGUAUAUGUAGCUACUAGGGCGUACUGUACUAGUUCAUAAAAUUGUUAGAUAUGUACAGAAGUAUAUACCAAAUAAAAAAAGUGAAAACUUA